UUUUAUUAUGUUAAUCAUUUUUCAACUAAAAAAGAAAAAUAAAAUAAAAAAUAAUAAUAACAACAGACGACGUGGCUUAGUCCUAGUUUCCAUGGAACAGUCCGACCUCCUUCCACAACACCAACGGGCUAUUCAACGUCAUUUUCAGCACCUUCCGGAUAUCCAUAGCAAACAAACCCUUCAAAUCGUAUGAUGAUAUUUGUAUGCAUUUCUCUCUGAAAAAGCCAUAAAACAACAUUCUUCCUAAAAAUUUGGGAGCUAAAGGAUACAAUGGGGACCGAAAAUACCACAUCUGUGGGAAUAUCAGAGCCCUUGCUACCUGAAAUUGAGAAAACCAGGGACGUUGAAUCUGAACAUUUGGAAGAAAUCCCAGAUUGGAAAGAUCAGAUUACGAUCAGAGGCUUGGUGGUGAGUGCAUUGCUGGGGACACUAUUUUGUAUCAUCACCAACAAGCUCAAUCUCACGGCGGGGAUCAUUCCAACCCUAAAUGUCGCCGCUGGUUUGCUCGGAUUCUUCUUUGUCAAGUCAUGGACCGGCUUCUUAUCAAAAUUAGGGUUUUCAAUUCAACCGUUUACCAAACAAGAAAACACUGUCAUUCAGACCUGCGUGGUUGCUUGCUACGGCAUCGCAUUUAGUGGGGGAUUCGGGACAUAUUUGGUUGCAAUGGACGACAGAACAUACAAACUGAUUGGUGUGGAUUACCCUGGGAACCGGGCAGAAGACGUAAAGAACCCAGGGUUGUUGUGGAUGACUGGUUUCUUAUUUAUUGUCAGCUUUCUUGGACUUUUUAGUCUUGUUCCUCUUUGCAAGGUUAUGGUCAUGGAUUAUAAGCUUACAUACCCCAGCGGAACAGCCACAGCAAUGUUGAUCAACAGCUUUCACACAAAUGCAGGAGCUGAACUUGCAGGGAAACAAGUCAGAUGUCUUGGAAAAUAUUUGAGCAUUAGUUUAUGCUGGGGCUGCUUUAAAUGGUUCUUUAGUGGUAUUGGAGAUUCAUGUGGAUUUGAUAAAUUUCCUACCCUUGGAUUGACUCUAUUCAAUAACACGUUCUAUUUUGACUUCAGUCCAACAUAUGUUGGAUGCGGUCUUAUCUGCCCUCACAUAGUCAACUGCUCGGUUCUUCUUGGAGCUAUCGUAUCAUGGGGAUUUCUCUGGCCCUUCAUUUCCCAACGUGCUGGGGAUUGGUAUCCAGCUGGCCUUGGUAGCAAUGAUUUUAAAGGUCUCUAUGGGUACAAGGUUUUCAUAGCCAUUUCCCUUAUCCUUGGGGAUGGCCUUUACAAUUUGAUUAAGAUACUAGCUGUAACUGUUAAGGAAAUGCGCAACAUCAGCAGCAAACAGAAGAAUCUUCCUCAUCUUAAAGAAGUCUUAGAUAGUGAGAGUUCCAAAUUACUAAUGGAACAAAGGAGAAGAGAUGAAGUAUUCCUAAAAGACAAGAUACCGUCCUGGUUUGCAGCUUCUGGAUAUGUGGGCCUGGCUGCAAUAUCCACUGCUAUAAUGCCAAUCAUCUUCCCUCCCCUUAAGUGGUAUUUUGUCCUCUGCUCGUAUGUUAUUGCCCCUGCCCUCGCCUUCUGCAACUCCUAUGCAACUGGACUCACAGACUGGAGCUUGGCUUCAACUUAUGGAAAAAUUGGUCUUUUCGUCAUUGCUUCAUUGGUUGGAAGGAACGGCGGGGUCAUAGCUGGGUUAGCAGGUUGUGGGGUUAUGAUGUCCAUUGUAUCCACGGCAGCUGAUCUCAUGCAAGAUUUCAAGACAGGUUAUCUCACUCUAUCGUCAGCCAAGUCUAUGUUUGUGAGCCAAUUAAUUGGUACAGCCAUGGGUUGUGUCAUUGCCCCUCUCACAUUUUGGUUGUAUUGGACUGCUUUUGAUGUUGGUUCCCCUGAUGGUACGUACAAAGCACCGUAUGCUGUUAUAUACAGGGAAAUGGCCAUUCUCGGAAUUGAGGGCUUCUCUAUGCUUCCGAAGCAUUGCCUGGCCAUAUGUUAUGGGUUCUUUGUGGCAGCUCUGGUUGUAAAUCUUUUGAGGGAUGUGACUCCCAAUAACAUUUCCGAAUUUAUUCCAAUUCCAAUGGCAAUGGCAAUACCAUUUUAUAUUGGAGCUUACUUUACAAUUGACAUGUUUGUUGGGACCGUGAUAUUGUUUGUUUGGGAGAGAGUAAGUAGGAAGGAUGCUGAAGAUUAUGCAGCGGCAGUAGCUUCUGGUUUAAUAUGUGGCGACGGGAUUUGGAUAGUACCAUCAGCAAUCCUUUCCAUUUUCAGGAUCAAUCCACCUAUCUGCAUGUCCUUCAGGCCUUCGUCGACUAGCUGAGCAGAUAAACCAUGUAUUGUGUUGAAUUUAUUUGUUCUUUUGAGGUCGUUGGGACUGUACAUGUCUGUUGUUUAUAAUAUAGUUUUUUUUUUUUUUUUUUUUUUUUUUUCCGAAUGAUAUUGUUUAUAAUAUAAUCAUUGUGAUUUUAGAUCACGAUUUUUGGUUUGAAGACUGCGUGCAAAGUUGAUGAUGAGUGAGAACAUAGAUAUAUAGUCUUAUGGUAUGAUAAUAUAGGUUUUGAAAUAUAAGUGGUAUGAGUAAUGCUGAA